AUGUCCCAACCCGGAGCCGAGCAGAGAAAGGCGGCAUCUGCUACCGUCCAGCAGAGUGAUAACAUCGCACAUGCGCUGGCGGGUGCCGGAGGAGGUGUCUUGUCGAUGGUCUUGACAUACCCUCUGAUCACUUUGUCGACAAGAGCCCAAGUAGAGUCGAAGCGUGCGCACUCAACCACCCUUGAUGCCAUACGUCGCAUUGUACAGAGAGAAGGUAUCUCGGGGCUUUACUCCGGACUGGAAUCGGCACUGUUUGGAAUUAGCGUCACCAACUUCGUGUAUUACUAUUGGUAUGAAUUCACUCGUUCGGCCUUCGAGAAGGCCGCUAUUCAGGGAGGUCGAGCCUCAAAAAAACUCACGACUAUUGAGUCUAUGAUUGCGGGCGCCAUUGCAGGCAGCGCAACGGUGCUGAUCACCAACCCGAUCUGGGUCAUCAACACUCGCAUGACUGCCCGCAAGUCUGAGGCGGAGGAAAGCUUGCCCGGUGCCAAGAAGGCAAGGGCAUCGACUCUCAGCACUCUGAUGGAUCUGCUCCGCCAAGAGGGACCCAAGGCCCUAUUCGCCGGAGUCCUCCCGGCAUUGGUCUUGGUGAUCAACCCAAUCUUGCAAUACACUAUCUUUGAGCAAUUGAAAAACAUAGUGGAGCGCCGCCGGCGUAUGACCCCUAAAGAUGCGUUUUAUCUGGGUGCGCUAGGCAAGAUCCUGGCUACCAGCAUCACCUACCCCUAUAUCACCAUCAAGAGUCGCGCACAUGUUGCCAGCAGAGAUGGUCCUAAGGAGAGCUUGAACGGAAGCUUGAAGAGGAUCAUCCAGGAGGAGGGCUGGAGGGGACUCUACAAGGGUAUUGGACCGAAGGUCACUCAGAGCGCCAUCACUGCUGCAUUCCUCUUUGCAUUCAAGGAUGUACUGUAUGAUAUGAUGGUCUCUGCCCGUAGAAAGGGCCGCAUCUCCAAAUAA